CAUGGCUGAUCCUCAUGUGAGGCAGAUCAAGAUCAAGACCGGCGUGGUAAAGCGAUUGGUCAAAGAAAAAGUGAUGUAUGAAAAAGAAGCAAAGCAACAAGAAGAAAAGAUUGAAAAAAUGAAAGCUGAAGAUGGUGAAAAUUAUGUCAUUAAAAAGCAGGCAGAGAUCCUGCAGGAGUCCCGGAUGAUCCCAGGUUGCCAUUGCAGGUUGGAGGCAGCCUAUACCGACCUGCAGCAGACACUGGAAAGUGAAAAGGACUUGGAAGAAGCUGAGGAAUACAAAGAAGCACGUCCAGUCCUGGGUUCAGUGAAGUUAGAAGCCUGA